AUGAGCCUGAACGGUUCCAAAACAAGCUGUGAUGAUCAACGGAAACAGUACGGCGGCUGGUCCGAACCUCCUCCUCAGUAUCAAUAUAAUGAUAUUCCUAUAAUGACGACCAAAAAGUCCUUGAUGGAAGGCAUGCGCUACCACCUCAUGAGGUUCUCUCAGGCUCGUGCUUCCGACUCUCCCGUCGACCCCACAGAUCAGGACGAUUUUGCUCGUCCGGUGACACUACACAGACGAGACGCUCGACAGCCUCCUCCCGGAAGAGCGACCAAGGUGGAGGAACCGGAACCACCUCAAGUCGAGGAGAAGGAGGCGGAGAGGCUGGCGCAAGCUAAAGCCGAACGGGAGGCCCAACGCGCAAUUGAUCUUGCAAAGAUUGCUCCAGUGGCCAAAGACAACAAUCCUAAACGUCCCAAGAAACAAAAGGAGGAAAAAACCAUGUUUAACAGGGCUCCAAAGUCCGAGGCAGCCAAGAAGGAAUCAGAUCUUCGGUAUGAAGAAGCCUUACCUUGGCACCUUGAAGAUGCAGAUGGAAAGAACGUGUGGGUCGGCAGCUAUGUUGCUGCCCUGUCUGAAGCAAACGUGGCCUUCAUGAUUGACAAAGCCGUCUUUCGCAUGGUGCCUCUAGAAAAGUGGUAUAGGUUUGGUGCAAAACCACCUUUUCAACCCUUCACGAUUGAUCAAGCGGAAGCAUUCAUGAACAGAAAGGUCGAUGUUGGCAGAUGGAUAAUGAAGGACGAGGAGAAGCGGGCUGGGCAGAGUGAUCUUGAGGCAACGAGGAAGCUCCUUUCCGGCCGUGGCCAGAUGAUUAAGACAGAGAGUGACACCUUUAAAGCUGCGUCACGAUCAGAGAAGCUUGACCAUGACGAACUGGAUGUAUCUGGAGAUGAAUUUCAAGAUGAUGACGAGACGCCGUAUUUCGAGCGCAUGGAGGACGACGACACUAAAGAGUCAAAAGACAGGAUACGUCGAGAGCAGCUGGGAGCAAACUUGUUCGGGGACGGCGAUGAACAGGAAGUCGAUAAAGAAUUGCAGGAACAGUUGCGAGAAGAACUGGAGCGACAAAAAUAUGGCAAGAGUACUAAAAAGGCUCUGAUUAAACGGGAUCGAGAAGAUAUAUAUGAAAGCGACGACUCUGAGGAGAAUCCUUGGAGUAGCUCGUCUGACGAAGAAUCAAGCGGCGACUAUGAACAAGACGAGGGAGAAGGAGAGAAGAAGAAGGAUGACAAGAAGGAUGCAGAUAACAAAGAAACACAAGGUGAUGGGAAGGAUAAGGCGAAAGGGACGGGCUCCAAGAGAUCAAUGACACCACAAGGGAAACAGAAACAAGGAGAGUUGACCAAGAAGACUAAGUCUCUAAAACGAGCUGGAUCUCCAGCAUUAUCGGAGUCGAGCGGGAAUGAGUCAUCGCGCAAGAAGAUGAAGAAAUCGUCUCUAUUAGGCAGUGGGAGCCGUGCAGGCACGCCUGUCUCCCAGCCAAACGCAGUCCGGCGAGGCAAAGUCGGACAUGGUUCCGGUAGCGAUGCGGAAGCCACGACUACAGAGAUGUCCGACGGCGCUGUCGCUCCUAGAAAGGGAACAAAGAUGGUCGGUAAUAGUGGGAGAGGAACGCCAGUCGCAUCGAGGGCUGGCAGCCCGAAUCCAGCAACCGCCGCUACAUUAGCGACUACACAGACCGCUGGAAUUGAACCUUGGGAAAUACUAGACAAGAUACCGGCCGAUGGCAUUGCCAUUACCGAUCUGAUAAAGCAUUUCCAUGGUAGGGUUGGCGACCGCUCAGGCCAAAUGCCAAGAGGCGAAUGGAUAAAAUUGGUGAAGCAGCUCUGUGACUACGGGCCGGAUAAGCGGCUUAGGCGCCGAAGAUAG